CUGAAUUGUGAUCCUUCCUGGUAACAAAAAAGCAAAGUGGCCUCUGUCUCACUCUCUUGCUUUUGUGUUUCUUUUUGUUUCUUGUUUUUGAUUCCCACCCUGACCCCAGUGUGCUUCUUAUUCCUUUCUCAAGUUUCCUUUUGUUUUCAUUUGUAAAACUGGGAUUGAGAAUUGGAGAUAAGACAUUGAUUGGGGAAAGCUACCCUUUUAGAGAUACUCAUUUUAUUAGUUUGGUUUGCAUUGUUUUGGUGCGUAAAACCGCGAUUUAAACUAUGUUGUUUGGUUAUACGAAUUCUAAAUCCUCUUAUUACCUCAUUUAAAAUUCAAUUGAUCAAACUAGAGUAAAUACUAUACUAGUUUCUUGGUAGGGACUAGGGAGACAAGAAAACAUAAGGGGUUGAUUCAUUAGGUGUGGCAUUUGGAGGUCAAAAUGAUUUUCCCAGGAAUCCUGGGUGGAGAGGGUUUCCAAGUCCUUUACUACUAUACUAAUUCUCCACUAGAUAAUAGAAAAAAACAACAUGGCUAGAGCACAAUGGAGAGUUUGGUUCCUCUAAUAUUAUGAGGUGGGUCUGAAACCAAUAAGGGUAUAUCUUGGUUAAGUGUUGUUUUAAGGUACAUGAUCGGUUCAAAAGGGAAUACCCAGCAUCAGCAGCAUCUCAUUUCAUCAGACAACACAAAAAGGAAUUUUCCUUAGAAGGGUGAUGGUGGCUUGGUUUGUUAAUGAAGUAAAGAAAAAAGAUGCUAUCAUAAUAUUCAUUAUCCUUGUUGUUAUGACCCACCAUUUAGAAUUCUUGUCUGAUCCAAAUAUUUUUUUUUACACUGCAAAGAAACAUAUCAUAUGUUUAUUGGGAUGUGAAAAUGAAGGUAGGGACUUUGCUUUUCUUCCCAAUAGUUGUUAGUGUAGGCAAGAAUGAAUAAAAGCAUAGACACAAAAAUGUUGGUUUUGUGUUGGAAGAAGACCAAAAUUGUCUUUUGUUGACUCAUGUUUUCCAAUUGUGGGUUUGCUUGAUCAUGUUUUGGCCUUUCCCUUUUUCCCUCUCAUGCUUUCCCACCUAAAAAAAGAUGGUAUGAUAUGUUUGAAAUUGAUCAAUGCAACAACCUCAAAAAAGAUGGUAUGAUAUAUUUGAAAUUGAUCAAUGCAACAUAAACAAGGUAAUGAAGACAUUUGAAUCAAUGUGCUAUCAUAUCAUGCGUACUCCAAUUUGAUAGACUUUUCUCCGAUUCUCUCACCUUAGACCAAUCUAUUUGAAUUCAUACGUUUUAGAUAGAAAGUAAUUACUUUCGUUUAGAUCAACCUUUAUGUCUCUCUUAUUGUUCAUUUGAUUUCGUUGAUAUAAUUUCUGUUACUAUUGAACAACUAGUUGAACGAAAUUUCAUUAGAACUCAAUGGAUAAAACGUAACUUUGUUGCUGAUUAUUCGACUAAACUCGGGUGUAAUAGGUAAUUGGAAUCUACAAUGAUUUAGUGAAACUUCCUCUAAUUCACCAGUUCGAUUCUUUCAGAUCAAGGACAUGGCAUCCAAGUUAUCAGGAACAUACAAGCAAUGCAAGCCCUGCACAGGAGGAUCAUCCAGCACCAACUACAAGAAAGGGCACCACCGCCCUUACCCCGACUUCGAUGCAGCCUCGGAAGGAGGAGUUCCAUACCCUUACUUCGGCGGCGCGGCAAGCGCGAGCUCCACGCCGGCGUGGGACUUCCCAACAUCUGGCCGCGGCGGCGGAGGCAGAACCGACACCAGAUUCGCUUCAGGAAGGGAUUCAUGCGACGUGGUGAUCGACGAUGAGCCCAAGGAAUGGAUGGCUCAGGUUGAGCCCGGCGUCCACAUUACCUUCGCUUCGCUCCCCAAUGGCGGCAACGAUCUCAAACGGAUUCGGUUCAAGGGUUCGUUUUGAGCUGUGUUUUUCUUGAAGCCGGGAGAUGUUCAACAAGUGGCAAGCGCAGAGUUGGUGGGGUGAGAACUACGACAGGAUCAUGGAGCUUUACAAUGUCCAGAGAUUCAACAACCGCCAGUCUCUCAAUACUCCUCCCAGGUCUCAAGAUGAGCAUAGAGAUUCGACUUACUCGAGAUUAGGCUCUGCAAGGGAAAGCCCCAUGGCGCCAACAUUCACACCAAGGAAUUACUACAGACCAUCUCCUGGGAUGAUGGAACAUGGCAGCAGCCACCAUUACCCUCCCGGUUCGACUGGUUACGGUCUGGGAGGUGGCCCGGCUUCCUCGAUGGAAGCCUCGAGAACGACGACCUCGUCGCGAGACGAGCCAUCGAUCUCGGUGAGCAAUGCCAGCGAUUUGGAGGCGGAGUGGAUCGAGCAAGACGAGCCUGGAGUGUACAUUACCAUCAGACAGCUCGCGGAUGGUACCAGGGAGCUUCGGCGGGUCCGGUUCAGUCGAGAAAGAUUUGGGGAAGUGCAUGCCAAGUCAUGGUGGGAGGAGAACAGGGAUAGAAUACAAUCUCAAUACCUAUAGACAGAGAGAAGAGAGGUUUGGAACAGAGUAAAGGUGAAAUUGUUUUAACACCAUCUCAAAGGAAGUGGAGGUUUGCAGAUUGGUUAUCCUCCGGCUCCAGGGAAAGAGAUAUGAGAGUUCUUCCAAGUUGUGUUCACAAUUCACUGAACAUAUUGCUUGAGAAAGAAAUACUGCAAGAACAUUGGGUGUAAGAGUAAAAGUGCAGAGUUACUGGGAUGUCCAAUUUUUUUGCCUGGAGUAUUGAGUCUGUCACCAUUGUAAUUCUUUCUUCUUAUCUUUUUUACUGCGAUCUUUAGGGCAUGGCUCUUGGUUUACAGAUCUGGGG